AAUGGUUGUCAAAACUCAAAAUACUGAAAAUACCUACCUAUUGUUCAGUGUUUGCCAAAUAAUAUUACUUAUAGUAUUUAUUUCAGAAAAAUAAGAGGUAAAUCUAAAACGCUGUAUAUUCUAAGAGCUGUAUCAGAUAAGAUACCACAAUGCCUUUAAAUCUACAAGGCGUUCGGCAGUAUUUAAGUGAACUCCGAAAUUCUGGAGGUUUGCACAAGGAUCAAGCUGAAAAGUACCGCAAUGUUUUAAUGGAAAUACUCAAAAGUCCGGAAACUGAUUUAGCUGAAUCCCUAAAAGCUUUUGUGGAAGCAAUUGUGAACGAGAAUGUGAGUCUAGUGAUUUCUCGACAGUUGUUAACGGAUGUCAGCACUCACUUGGCGCUCCUGACUGACCAUGUAUCACAAGAAGUCUCUCACUUUGCCCUUGAUGUUAUACAGCCAAGAGUUAUAUCUUUUGAGGAACAGGUUGCCAGUAUCAGACAGCAUUUGGCUGAUAUUUAUGAAAGAAAUCAAAAUUGGAAAGAAGCUGCUAAUGUACUUGUUGGAAUACCCUUGGAAACUGGACAAAAACAAUACUCUGUAGAUUAUAAACUAGAGACUUAUUUGAAGAUAGCUCGACUGUACUUAGAGGUGGACGACCCAGUCCAGGCCGAGGCAUUUGUCAACAGAGCUUCACUUCUACAAGCAGAAACAACUAAUGAACAGUUGCAGAUCUACUACAAAGUCUGCUAUGCAAGGGUCUUGGAUUAUAGGAGGAAAUUCAUCGAAGCUGCUCAGAGAUACAACGAACUCUCGUACCGCAACAUAAUACAUGAGGACGAGCGGAUGACGUGUCUCAGGAAUGCUCUCAUCUGCACGGUACUUGCGUCUGCUGGUCAACAGCGGUCCCGAAUGUUAGCGACCCUUUUCAAAGACGAAAGAUGCCAGCAAUUGCCUGCAUACUCAAUUUUAGAAAAAAUGUACCUUGAUCGUAUUAUAAGGCGCUCUGAAUUACACGAGUUUGAGGCUCUUAUGCAGACUCACCAAAAGGUACAUAAAAUGGGGGCCACUACAUCUGAUGGAACUACGAUCCUGGAUCGCGCCGUGUUCGAACAUAACCUGCUCUCUGCCAGCAAAUUGUACAACAACAUAACAUUUGAAGAGUUAGGCGCAUUACUAGAAACACCGCCCGCCAAAGCUGAAAGAAUUGCUAGUCACAUGAUCAGUGAAGGACGAAUGAAUGGUUACAUCGACCAGAUCAGCUCAGUUGUACAUUUUGAAACUCGUGAGAUCCUGCCACAGUGGGACAAACAGAUCCAAAGCCUCUGUUAUCAGGUCAACAGCUUGAUUGAGAAGAUAGCUGCAGCAGAACCUGAGUGGAUGGCUAAGCUCAUGGAAGAAGAAAUGAUACAGUAGAUAUUACGGGAUAUAUGUCUGAACUUUUCAAUAUACUACAAAAUAAUUAUAAUACUUGCUUUAUUACGGCUUUUCAAGUCUAGCCACUAUUAAUUAAAAAACAAGGACAGUA